ACUAUCAGAAGGGCGUAGGAAACGAUCGUUUCAUUGGAUUGGCACAACCUACGAUGUCAAAUGUUUUGAAACUUGUUUUGGGCAUAAUUGAAACAGAAGUCUGUCCGGCCGUCAUCCAGUUUCCAUCCGAAGACAAUGAAAUAAGCGCCAUUAAAUUAGGUUUCUAUGGAAAAACUGGAUUCCCAGGAGUAAUUGGAUGUGUAAAUGGAACCCACGUUAGCAUCAUUCCGCCAGUCCGCAAUAAACAUCUGUUCUACAAUCGCAAAGGCUUUUACAGUCUGAAUGUAAUAUUGGUUUGCGAUCAUAAUUUGAUGAUUCGGUAUCUUGAUGCUAAUCAUCCAGGUUCCUCGCAUGACUCGUUUGUUUGGAAUGGCAGUUCUGUAAAUCAGUUACUGUUACAAAGAUACAAUAACGGGGAGAGGAACUCCUGGUUACUCUGUGAUGCUGGUUACCCUUUGACACCAUUUCUAAUCACUUCUUUCCGUACGGGUGAAAAUACCACAGAACGACAGACAAGGUUCAACGAAAUUCACUCCAAAACUCGAAUCACCGUGGAAAGAGCAAUUGGAGUGGUCAAGAAUACCUUCCGAUGCUUGCUAGCAGCAAGACAGCUGUAUUAUAAACCUGAAAAAGCUACGCAAAUUAUCAACGUUUGCGUAGCCCUACAUAACCUCCGCAUGAAGCAAAAAAUGGAAUACGAUGAACCAGAAUUACCAAAUGGAGAGAACAAUCCAGAACUGCGCGAUGUUGAUCGUCCAUUUGUUGUUACUUAUUAUUACCAUCUGGCCGAAUGCCAUCUAGCCGAAUGCCAUCUGACCGAAUGGCAUCUGGCCGAAUGCCAUCUGACCGAAUGUCAUCUGGCCGAAUGCCAUCUGGCCGAAUGCCAUCAUUAG